AUGGCGUCCGCCCAUGAAGAUCCGCUUGCCGAAAACCCGUACCUGGAUGUGGAGAACAACGAAGACGCAUCCAUAACAGAGUUGCAAGCCGAUGACGACAAGGACCUGACUAUCGCCGAAGAAGGAUCAGCAUUGGAACGAAGCAAGCGAGGAGUUGAUCUCUUUGGCCUGCUAGCACCGAAACCUACCAAAACUAAGGCCAAGGCUCAUGGAGUCAAGACCAGACGUAACAAGCGCCUCGGUCGCAAGCGCCGCGCUCAUCGCCUCCGUCACAGACGCAACCAGAAGCGAGCGGCUCGUCGUCGUGCAGCUGUCAGAAGACGCUUCACUAAAGGCCUUCGCCGUAGCCAAGCCAAACGCCGACGACAUGCUCUGAGAGCCCACAGAGCCCGAGCACGCAAGGCACGCAAGCUCCGCAAGAUCCGCAAGGCCCGCAAGGUCCGUAAGCUUCGCAAGGCCCGCAAGGCCCGCAAGGCCCGAAAGGCCCGCAAGGCUCGUAAGGCAAAAGCCGCUAAGAAGGCUGCCGCCACUACAACCACCAAAGCAGCUGAGACCACCACCGUAGCUGCUCCUUCCGCAUAA